AUGACGGCGGGUGCCAGUCUCGGAGAGAUCGCGCGGCACAUGAUGGCAACGAUGGCCCGGGAGGGCGCCCUGUUCAGGGGUGGCGUGCCUCCUAGGCUGGAGGCAGUCGGCGCCUUUCCGACUGCAUGCAUUUCAUACAUCGAUGCAGACAACACGGCAGGUUUAGAGACCACGGGAAAAGUGAUCCAGUCCCACAUAUCUGUCACAGCAUCCUUGGCUGACCGGCAAAUGGUGAAGGACAUUUGUGGCAUGGUUGCCCACCGGUGCGCCGUCCUUUUGGCGAUGGCCCUUGUUGCUGUGGUGCAGCAUGUUCGAGAGAACUGUGGCCACCCUGUGUCGAGGCCAACGGUUGUCAUGUUCGAUGGCGGAUGCUACGAGAAUUUCGACAGCCUGAGAGCAAGGAUCCGCGGCGCUACUGAUCAGAUUCUGGAAUGGGUGUAUGGUGAUGAGGCACCCUCCGUGGAGUUGAAGCAAUGCAAGGGCGGCUCUUGCCUAGGGGCGGCUAUCCUGGCUGCAGCCGCACUCUCCAAGCGCUGA